GAGAGAUGUUAAAAGACCAAACAGGAUCUCCCUCUCCUAGGUGCUGCUCCCCUUCUUUCACACUCAAGGAACAUUGAAGAGCAGCUCGAUGGCCGGUGAGAAUGCGACACUGCCCGUUGGAAAUUCCAGCAGCUCCUGGCAGACAGAGGCCUCCAGGGGAAUCCAAAUUGCUGUCACUCUGCUUAUUUUCCUGGUGGGCGUGUGUCUGAAUGGGUUGGUGGUCUGGGCUCUUGGACUACGGGGUCGCCGUCAUCUGGUGCGCAGAGGCAGCACUGAGGAAACGCGUGCUGCCAACAGUUUCCGAGUCUACGUCCUGAACCUGGCCCUGGCUGACCUCAUCUUGCUCCUGCGGACUCCUCUCAUGGUGGGCUACCUACUAAAUAAUUUCAGCUGGCCAUUUGGAAAGGCCGUCUGCCACCUGAUAGUAUUCAUGAGAAGUCUGGGUCUCUAUGGCUCAGCUUUCGUGCUUUGUGCUGUGGCUAUGGAGCGUUGCUUGUGUCUGCUCAGGCCUGUGUGGGCUCGACUAAAACGGCCCUCCUGGGCGGUUCCACUGGUCUGUGGACUCAUAUGGCUUGUGGCCUUAAUCUUUGCUGCUCCCUACAUCUACUUUACUGAACUAAAGGGUGUUAAUGGCACCCUUUGGCAGUGCCGGGAGAGCAGGGAUUUCAAUCUAGCAUUAUUUCUGACGGAAACAAUAGCCGGCUUCUUGUUGCCCUUUAUGGUAUUCCUAGGUAGUAACUUGGCUGUUUUUCUCACCAUCAAUAAAGCCCUACCAUCGACACCCACUGGCAAUAACCCAUCAAUGGCGCGAAAGAUGGCCAGGAUGUACCAUGUGCUCUUUGCCACCAUGCUUCUUUUUCUCACCUGCUGGGUCCCCUACUUUGUCUGUCGCUUCAUCCUUGCCCUGGCAGGCAAAGAGUCUUUUUUAUACAAAUCAGCAGGCUAUGCAUCAUACAUCUCGCUAUAUCUAGUUUAUAUCAAAAGCGCUCUUAAUCCUGUGCUUUAUGUGUUUGCUGCCAAAGGCCUCAGCCGUGCCAUCAAAGCCUCACUUGUCUCCACAAUAGAUCGCCUCUUUAACGAUGAAUCCUAUGAGUCCAUACGAAGAAAGUCAAUCAAGAACUCCCAGAUGUAACUUGAGAUGUCGAGAAGUGCUUUAACAGAACAGACAUGGGAAGUGGUGUCCAGCUCUAGCAAGAGAAAAGGUGGUUAAACCCUUGACAGAUAUUCAGUAAAACACAAGGUAACAUGUAGAACUCCCCAACAAGGCCAGCAUAGAGUGUUUAAUCAACCAGGCUAAUGUUUUUGAUUUGUUAAAAAGUAGAAUACCUGGAAAGAAAAAAGGGAAAACCAGGAUUGGAGCCCAUGGCUUUUAUAGCUAAGAACUCUCUUUUGUAUGUCAACCAUAGAACUCUCUGUCUAUGGUUGACCUCCUUUAUUUCUAUAAUCUAUUGUUCUCUCUUUUCCUUCUUCAUAGCGACAUUAGUAUUAUGACUAAAAUUAAAGGAAUGAGUUACUGUAAUGCACUUUAGGUCAAUGAUUUUUCAAUGUGUAUUUGCGAAAGAGAAAUGUGUUUUAGGAAUGUAUAAAAUGUGCUGUGAUAAUGUGUGUUUUUUAACUGUACUGCAAACUUAUUUUGUAGCAGACAUUUUUGCAGGGAGUUCAUCUAAGUGUAGGAUUGAACAAUUUUCGUUCUUUCUUUUAAAUAAAAAAGUAUUGUCUGUGUAUCUAUUCAGUCUGCUCUCCAUACCCAGUUUGGAUGUUGAGUUUUCUUUUUUUUUAUUUUCAAAAAACAAUGUGAAAAAGAUCAAAUGUUGUAGUGAUUGUUCAAGAUAUGCUUUAUGAAUGUAUUACACUGGAGCAGCUAAGGUCUUUUCAGCUGUAUGUAUUAAUGUUUUUAUGCUUCAAAGGAUCAUAUUGGAUGCAUUUUAGAAUUCAAAAUAAAUAGUAAAUGCAAAGUAAAGACCCUCUCUUGUUGCUGUUCUGAAGCUCACCAAUUAAAGCUGGACUUUUCCCACACAUUUAACCCCUAAUGUGAACAGAUAUCAUUCUUCCUCUUCUUCAGUGCAAGGCGAGCUAAUCCAACUUCGCAUUCAUGUUGCGGAUUUUAUUACGGGUAAACACUGGGUAAAAAUAUAGCAGCCUUGCACAAGUUAAGGUGUUUAAGCAAUUCAUUUCAUAACUCCAUAUUGCCAAAACAUUUCCUUAAACUAUCUCUUUUUCUGCAACUGCUUAAUAUAUCUUUAGUAAUUUUCCUACAUAUCAAUAUUUGAUUGUGGUGAAUGAUUUUACCAUAACGCCAGACUGAAAGAAACACCUGGUCAAAGAUGCUCUACAUAGAUGUAUUAUACACAUUUAAACUGAGAAGAAAUUUAAUCUGUUGAAAGUAGAAAUAUAAAACAGGUGCUAGAAGUCAGUUGGAUGAGUAUGCACACCUUUUAAUACUUUCUUGGAGCACAUUUUUAUUUAGUUUCCCCAUUCUUUCUAUCUGCAUCCCACAUCUUGAUAAUGGUAAUAGUUAUUGGGUAAAUGUUAUCAACUGGAAUUCCUUAGACAGAAAAAUUUGAAUUAAUCUGACUGUAUGAUCUGGUGGACUGCAAAGUGCUUUGAGAUUGCAUUUGUUGUGAAUUG